AAGCUAAUGAAGUGACAAACCCUAGUUCUUACUGCAGAGCUUCAACAAUGCCUCCGAGGAAAAAGCCCAAUUCUUCUUCCUCCUCAUCAGCAUCAACAUCAACAUCAUCAUCUUCGAAGAAAUCCAACCCAACCAAUCAACCCCAGCCCUCCAAGUUUGGCAUCCAACAUUUCUUCGAGCGCCACACUCAGAACGCCCUCUUAGCCUCUCAGAACCCCAAGCCGGCCUCCCCUUCCAACGCCGCCGUUUCGACCUCGCAAAACCCCGCCACCGAUGCUCCGAGUUCAGGGCCACAGACAUCGCGUUUGCCUGUUCGAAACCCGAUAAAUGAUCCCGAAAAUGCGCCAAAUUUGCAAAAACCCGACCCGAGUCAUAAGGGUUCGGCGCACCGGGACACUAAAAACUUGUCGGGUUCGCAGGCGAAUGGCCCGAAUAGUGCGUCGCAGAAUACGCCGACGGAUAAUAUCGCGGUGAGGGGUGUUAGUUCUGAUGAGAACCUGUCGGAGGUGUCGCCGGAGGUUUCCAAGUCCGUGUCUCUCAAGCGCUUCAAGUUCUCGCCUGGAAUGUUGAUAAAGCAGAGCCAGGAUGAUGGGGGUGAUGAGGUGACAUGGAAGAUAUCUCCGGUGAACGAAAAACUCCAGGCAGUUUCGAAGCGCAUACCGGAGAUGAUGAGAGUGUUGGCUGACUCUUCAAGGCUCAAUGCUUUACACCUUCGGCAAUGUUCACAGAAUAAGACUUCUCCCGGUACAUCUGGCAAGGUUGAGAAGUGGCUUUCAUCCCCGACAAAAAAGGCUGCUGAAAAAUCUCUAUUAUCCACAAAUAGGGUUGGCUUGAAAAGGGUUAACCCGGAUCAGGAUAUGGAUUUGUAUGGAAAUGAAAGUCAAUUGACAAGCACUGGAGUUGCUAGUAGGCAGAGUCCAUUCCGAACUCCGCCAUCUCUGUCAUAUUGCCAUGAUAAGAUUGCUAAUGGUGUUGCAUGUAAUAGAGCAUCUGAUCAGCUGGGUUUAAGACAGCACAAAAAGGCACUGCUUGAACUUUUGGAUCAAGUAGAGGAUGUCAUUUCUGUUGAAGACUCAUUAUCUAGUGACAUGGAGGCAUAUUCAUCUAAGUCUCAUGAUAGAAAUGAUGAUGAGAUGCCUGUCAAAGUUGAUCCUGCAGUAGAAAGAGUGGCAGUGGAUUUACCAGAAGAGGUCACUGGGGGUUCUUCCAAUUGUAAUUUUCUUGUAUUGGAGGUGUCUGAGAGGUGUAAGCCUGCUGACUCAUCUGGUACUCAAUGCCCAUAUAAGGUUCUUCGCUUACUGAACGAGCAUAGUGGAGAAGAGCGUGCUGUGUAUUUGUGGGAAGAUUGGUUUUAUAGUGUAGUUGCACCUGGAGAUACUGUGAAUGUCAUUGGUGAAUUUGAUGAUGAAGGAAAGUGUGACAUAGAUCGUGACAGUAAUUUUAUAAUUGUUCAUCCUGACAUAUUGCUGUCUGGAACACGGGUUUCGGGUAGUUUCAGUUGCUCUAGGCGAACUGUUCUGGAUGAGAGGCUAAAGUCCAGUGAGUAUUCAACUGCAGCUUUAAUUGGUACCUUGCUGCACCAAAUUUUUCAGGCUGGACUUAUGAAGGAAGUUCCAACUGUACAAUUCUUGGAGGAAUAUGCAAGAGUGGUGCUCCAAAAAAACAUUGAAAGCCUAUAUGCAUGUGGAGUAAAUGAAAAUGAUAUACAGAAAACCUUGAUUGAGGCUGUCCCAAAAAUGUUGAAUUGGAUCAUCACAUUCAAGGACUCACAGGUUUCAAAAGCUCCUUCUGUUGAUUUUGGAUCUGAUGAUGGGCUGAAAAAAGUUAACCUAUCUGAGGUAAUUGAUAUUGAGGAGAUGGCAUGGGCCCCUAAAUAUGGCUUGAAAGGGAUGAUUGAUGCUUCUGUCAGAGUCAGAAUAACAUCAAACAAAAAUCAAGCUAAUGAGAAGAUUAUGCCUUUAGAGUUUAAAACUGGGAAAGUAUCGAAUGGCCAGUCAUCUAUGGAACAUUGUGCGCAAGUAAUCUUUUACACUCUCCUCAUGUCUGAGAGGUACAAAAAGCAUAUUGAUCGUGGUCUUUUAUAUUACCUACAGUCAGAUCAGACGCAGGGAAUUGUGGUUCGAAGAUCUGAUUUGGUUGGGCUAAUUAUGCGUCGUAAUGAACUUGCAAAUGAUAUUCUCAAGGCAUCAACAGUGCAACAACUACCCCCAAUGAUACAGAGUCUGAACAUGUGUAAAGGCUGUCGCCAUCUUAAUGUUUGUAGCAUCUAUCACAAGGCACAUGGUGGUAGCACUGAAACCAGUGGAUUAGGAGAUGUGUUUGAUUCACAUACUAGCCACCUAACAGUUCCUCAUUGCACAUUCCUUCGGCAUUGGGACCGGUUGAUUGACUUAGAAGCUAGAGAGAUUGAGCUUGUAAAGAAAAAAAUCUGGCGUUCGCAUAGUUUGAAGCAUGAUAAUUCCACUAGUUUCCUUUCUUCUCUUGUUCUUGAUGCGUCAGAUGAACUUCCACAUCAGAAGUCUCUUAAAGAAAACCGGUUUAUUUAUCGUUUUGUGUAUCGAGAUCUAACAUCUUUCAAUGUGAAAGCGUCUAAUAGAGAUUCUUCAACUGUAGCCACUUCUCCAACAAGUGAUAUGGACUGCACACUUAAAAGUGGAGACUAUGUGAUACUUAGCACCGAAUCUGGCCAUCUAACCAUUGCAAGUGGGGUCAUUACAGAAAUCAGUCGCUUUCACGUUUUUGUUUCUUUUUCAAAGCGCCUACGACUUCCUGGGAGUAAUCCUUCUUCAGAAGCCCAGAAUCUUUUUAGAGAGGUUUGGCGGAUUGACAAGGAUGAAUUCAUGACUUCAUUUGCAGUUAUGAGGUUUAACCUUGUACAACUUUUUCUACGAAGUGUGCAAAGUACUCAUCUUCGGAAGAUAAUUGUUGACCUUGAGGCUCCUAAAUUUGACAGUGGAUGUAUAUUCAGCCAAGAUCCAGCAAUAGCUUAUGUAUGGUCAGAGAAGAAUUUGAAUGAUGAUCAGCGUCGAGCUAUCCUUAAGAUACUUACCGCAAAGGAUUACGCUCUAAUACUAGGAAUGCCUGGAACGGGCAAGACUUCUACAAUGGUGCAUGCUGUGAAGGCCUUGUUGAUGAGAGGCGCAUCCAUCUUGCUUACAUCCUAUACAAACUCCGCUGUUGAUAAUUUGCUUAUAAAAUUAAAAGCUCAGGGCAUUGAUUUUGUACGUAUUGGAAGACAUGAAGCUGUACAUGAGGAAGUUCGGGGACAUUGCUUUUCAGGGAUGAACAUACAAAGCGUCAAAGAUGUUAAACUAAGAUUAGACCAAGUCAAAGUUGUUGCAGUUACUUGUCUUGGAAUUACCAGUCCCUUGCUCACCAACAAGAGAUUUGAUGUCUGCAUCAUGGAUGAAGCUGGACAGACUACCCUCCCAGUAUCUCUGGGACCCUUGAUGUUUGCUUCAACAUUUGUCCUUGUUGGUGACCAUUAUCAACUACCUCCUCUUGUCCAGAGCACAGAGGCUCGGGAGAAUGGAAUGGGGAUAAGCUUGUUUUGCAGGCUGUCAGAAGCACAUCCUCAGGCAAUUUCAGCACUGCAGAGCCAGUACCGUAUGUGUCAAGGCAUUAUGGAACUAUCAAAUGCCUUGAUAUAUGGUAACAGAUUACGUUGUGGUUCCUCCGAAGUAGCCAAUGCCAAACUUCACUUUUCUAGUUUGAAGUCUUGUUCAUUGUGGCUAAAGGAGGUUUUGAAUCCAACCAAACCAGUCAUAUUUAUUGAUACAGAUAUGUUGCCUGCUUUUGAGGCAAAAGAUAAAAAGACUCUGAAUAAUCCAAUCGAAGCUUACAUAAUUGCAGAGGUCACCGAAAAAUUGGUGAACAAUGGAAUCGGAGGGGAAGAUAUUGGCAUCAUUACCCCUUAUAAUUCCCAGGCAAAUCUCAUACGCCAUGCUAUAUACAUAACCACUGUGGAGAUACAUACCAUUGAUAAAUACCAGGGAAGAGACAAGGACUGCAUACUUGUGUCAUUUGUUAGGUCUAGUGAAAAUCCAAGGGACUGCUCUUCCUCCCUUCUUGGUGACUGGCAUAGGAUUAAUGUGGCUCUCACACGUGCAAAGAAAAAGUUGAUCAUGGUAGGGUCAUGCAAAACCCUAUCGAAGGUUCCAUUACUGAAACUUCUCAUCAAGAAAGUUGAUGAGCAAUCAGGCAUUCUGAGGAUAUCCAAGACGGAAAUUAGUUACAGGGAAGAGCUGAAGAGAUGCUCUCAGUUGAGAUAAAAUUUUCCUCCUUUUCCAUUUCUUGUCACUGUAAAUAAAAUAAUUUUGAUAAUUUGUUACCAAUAUUAACGUUGUGAAUAGAAGGAAAACUAGUUUUCUUUGUAACAUUUUUGGAAAUGUAAAUAACACAGAA